AUGUCUAGUGGACAGCCGGAAAAGCCCUGUGACUCCGCAGCCGCCGAAGCAUCCGCAACCAGCGCACCGGACUGCAAUGUGUAUGUGGUGGAGAAGAUCGUGGGCAAGCGCCUGAAGGGCGGGCGUCUUCAGUACCUGGUGAAGUGGCUGGGCUUCUCGGACGAGGAGAACACCUGGGAGCCGCUGGAGGGAGUGAUCCACUGCUGCGAUCUGCUGGCCGACUUCGAGGCAGAGCUCUUGCGGCGCAGCCAGGGGCAGAACGCCGGUGGCGAUCAGGAGCAGAAGCAGCCGCAGGGGGCAACCAAGAAGACCCGGAAAUCCACCAAGAAGCCAAAGCGCAGGCAUUCAUCGAGUGUUUCUCGGGAAAUGGAGCAGCCCGAGGCGGAAGUCCAGGCUGUGAUCAAUCCUCCUGUUAAGGGCAAGGGCAAGGGCAAUCCAAAGGCUCCGAUACCCCGACGUCACUCAUGCUCUCAUCUGGAGAGCAACGCAGACCCGGUUGACUUGGAAAUGCAGCGCAUCCACAGCUCACCGGUGGACAUGAUGCCGCCGCAGGUCGGUGGCCACGAGGAUACGCCAUCCAAAGACGAUCUCCCGAGUUCCGGGGAGGAGUCGAUCGCCUCGGAGGACGGUCCAGAUAGCUGGAAAAUGCCGGAACGCACGAAACCCUUCGGGUUGGAGCGCGGUCUCGAACUGGAGAAGGUGCAUCACUGCUUUAAAGUUCGCGAUAAAACCUUCUUGUUCGUCUCCUGGAAGGGCUGCGACGAGGUGGACGCCGUGCGCCUGGAGGAGAUCAGGCAGGCAUACCCCAUCCCAAUCAUAAAGUUCUUUGAGGGCUUGAAACUUUCUGAUCACUAAGGAUGCCUGGAAAUUCUUGUCUUGCAUAAUAGGCUGAACAAAUAUAAUUUUUUUUCAUUUUUUUUUUAAAUUUUCAUACAAGAUAAUUAUUAUUAAAAAAGAAAAAGGUCAUUUAAAAAUCGUACUUUUUAAAAAAGUAAAAGAGAAACAAGUCAUUUAACAACAAAAAUUAUUAAAAAUUUAAAUUAAUCAUUAUUUUCUAGUUUCUAGAGUUAAUCUAAUAAAAGCUUUAUACUUUGAGUGACGAGAUCUUAUGAUAUUAUAUAAUUAAUUAUAAUAAUUAUUACAAAACCCAAAGAAAUAUAUACAAAUAGUCAUAGUCACUAGUUUCCCGCUUAAGACUUAAUAUAAUAAAAGCUUUUUUACCUCGAGUGACCAGAUCUUAUGUGUUAUAACAAGUCCCCUAAGCUAAGCUCCCGAGCUAUCUUCAAAAAGUUAGUUAUACAUAUGUAUUUUUUUGGCGCCUUUAGCGCAGCCUCACUGCAUGUAAACACACAAGUACUUAGUUAUAAUACGAACCUAAGGCACGUUAGCUAAUGAAAACAAAACAAGAAUCUCGCAAUUCAUUCAA